AUGCAUGCUAUUCGCGAUUCUACUGAGUCAGAUCAAACAGUCAUUCAAACAGUGCCACCACCCCCAUCGUCAACAGCAACCCGUAGUGUGUUGUCUUCUUGUGAGGAUCAAGCACUCAUUACAACUGGAGUUGAAGUACCGUCAACUGGUGGAUUACUUUCCGUAAAUCCAGCUCUUAUUGAUCCGGCUAUCGAUCCUAGUGCAUCAUUUUCUGAUCAAGGCGAAUUUGAACUUCCACCACCAAUGAGUGAACUAAGCAGCGCUGUAGCAGAUGCCGCUGCAUCCAGAAAUACAUCAAUUGGUUUCCGUAUUUAA